AGUCAUCAGUGGGUCCCAUCGCCACGUCAGCAGGUCCAAUCAUCGCGUGGGUCCCGUUGGUGAUUUUUGGAGAGAAGUUGGUUCUGACUAAUUUUGACGUCCUGAUUCCAUUUUUGAGGCCAGUUUCCUCAAAAAUUGGAUUGUUUGGUAUUGGUUGAUUGCUGCUUGAGUGGAACUAUGACUACCUUGAAGUUUGAAGUUCCGUUAUUUGAUGGAAGAGCGGACUUCAUGCUGUGGCAAUGCACGAUUCAAGACUAUUUGGUCCAGCAAGGUCUUGAUUUAGCAUUGCAAGAUGAGAAGCUAAGUGAUAUGAAAGAACCAGAGUGGAGUACAAUCCAGAAGAAGGCUGUCAGCACAAUUCGGUUGGCACUGUCCCCACAGAUUAAAGUGACUGUGCUGAAAGAGACAUCACCAAAGAAGCUGUGGGAAACGUUGGAGAGCAAGUUUGCGUCGAAGACACUUACUAACCGGUUGAUGAUGAGGAUGGACUUGUACUCACUGAAGAUGGAAGAGGGAGGUGGCGUAAUUGAUCACAUCAACAAGUUUAAUGAGCAAGUAUCAAGGCUGUUAAAUGCAGGGGAGACUAUCAAGGAUGAAGAGCAAGGGCUGCUUCUACUGGCUUCACUACCAAAAUCCUUUAAGCCGUUUGUGCAAUCAAUGAUAGCAGGAAGGACUACACUGCGGCUAGAUGAGGUGACGACUGCCUUGAAGGAGAGUCAAAGGAUGAUGGGAGGUGAAGAGUCUUCCGGGGACAGUCAUUUACUAGCUGUUGUGAGUGUUGAGAAAGAGAGGAAGAAGAAGAGUGACCAACUUUGGAGAAGAUCUCAGCUGAGAGACAUGAGCACUGUUAGGUGCUAUUACUGUGAAAAGUUGGGUCACACGAAGAACGGUUGUCCAGAACUCAAGGAGGACUUGCAGAUCCUAAAGGAGAAGAAGGGCAAAUCGGAGGAAGCUUCUUCCGCAAAUGUGAUCACUUAUGAAGAUGAUCUCUUCUGAAGAUAAGAGUACUGCUGGACAGAAGAUUCUGCAGGAUGGGAGUAUCGCUGCAGAAAUCGCAAAUGAUGUAGGACUUUGAAUUAAGGGGAGAUUUGUUGAGUGUUACUUCAAAGUCCCACAUCGGUGGGAUAGGAAAAUUGAGGAGGGAUUGGAGCCUAUAAAUAAAGAGGAGAUAUAGGCUUCCAUCACACAACAUACUGCUUGCACAAUAAAUAAUAUUUUAUACUUUUUCAUAAAGUUUUAAAAGAUUU